CAUUUUUUCUCAUUCUCCUCUGUUUCACGAGUUGGGAAACGAAGAAAGGUUUCCGAGGGGGCAGCUGUAUGAAGCCCCAAACACGACGACGCGCACGAGCACGGCAGUCGCCACCACAAUGGCGCGCAACGACUGCUGCUUCUGUGGCCAUCACCAUCGCCAUUGCACUCGUCGCAGCUCUGUCUCUCUGCGGCGCGCUCGCAGUCGUGGAGGCGCAGGAGGACGGCACAGUGGUGGUCGGCCGUGAGACGCUCGCUGCAUCAUCAUCACCAUCACCGACAACGACGACGACGACGACAACCGUCCUGCCAUCGGCAACACACACGCCCACGCCCUCGCCAACAGGCAGUCCCGACGAGCCCAACGCAGACGGCGGCGGCAACGGCGACGAGCUCUCGGUCAGCAGGACCAUCUUUUUCAUUCUGCUCGUGCUCGUUCUGUGCACGCUGCUCGUCUACCUCCUCAUCCGGACAAAGUUCCACUACAUCCCAGAGUCUCUCGCUGUCAUGUUCAUCGGUGGAAUUCUCGGCAUCAUCACCCGAUUGAGUGGAGACUACUGGACGAACGCAGAGCGGAUUGAUCCAACCGGGUUUUUCCUCAUUCUGCUGCCUCCCAUCAUUCUCGAGUCGGGUUACUCGCUGCACAAGGGCAACUUUUUCCACAAUAUCGGAUCGAUCCUAGUGUUUGCAGUGUUUGGAACCAUCUUUUCCGCACUCUGCAUCGGAGCUGGCGUGUUUGGCUUGGGCGUUGCGGGAGUGAGCUAUCCGCUCUCUGCCGUUGAGAGCUUUGCCUUUGGGUCUCUCAUCUCUGCCGUCGAUCCGGUCGCCACAAUUGCCAUCUUCAACGCGUUGGAUGUGGAUCCGACGUUGAAUAUGCUGGUCUUUGGCGAGAGCGUGCUAAACGAUGCUGUUUCGAUCGUACUCACCAACACCAUUAUUCAGUUUGCUACCGAGGAAAUCACCGUUGCCGUCACCCUUACGGCACUGGGCAAGUUUUGCCUGGUCGGCGUGGGGUCGGCCUUGAUUGGCGUGCUGUUUGGUCUGGUCAGCGCUCUGUUGCUCAAGUUUGUCGCGUUGCGCACCAAGCCUUCGCUGGAGUUUGCGAUCGUGGUCAUCUUUGCCUACGCUCCCUACUUUCUCGCCGAGUUUAUCAGCAUGUCUGGCAUCAUGGCCAUUCUGUUUUGCGGCAUUGUCAUGGCGCACUACACGCACUUUAACUUGUCGCCCAUCACCCAGAUGACGACGCAGCAAGUCUUUCGCACGACUGCGUUCCUGGCUGAGACCUCGGUGUUUGCCUACCUUGGUCUUGCUCUGUUCAGCUUUGCCGACUUGAUCUUUUCACCAUCGCUUCUUGUGUGGAGCAUUGUCUUGUGCUUUAUCGGACGCGCUGCCAACAUCUUCCCGCUCUCCGCUCUUGUCAACCGCUUCCGAAGUGUCAAAAUCACCCCAAAGUUCCAGUUUAUCAUGUGGUUUAGCGGUCUGCGCGGUGCAAUAGCCUUUGCGCUCUCCAUCCAUCUUCCGUUGACUGUGUUUUCGCACGAAUCCCGCAGCGCCUUGAUUGCGACGACUUUGGUCAUUGUUUUGUUCACUAUUGUCUGUCUCGGCGGCACCACCCUGCCGCUCAUCAAGCUGAUUGGCGGUCGCCGCAGCGACCAUGGCCCGCGCGCGUCAGAUUCUGCCAAUCCUCGGCGAGUGGUUAUUUCCAAAACCCAAGAAAUGGAUGCCACCGUUGACGCCAGAGACAUGGAAGGAUCGACCACAACGCAGGCUCAGAGCUUUAUUGAGAGGUUGGACACGAAAUACCUGACACCCUUCUUCCGUAGAACGCUGACCUUGUCGGAGAUUGACGCCGCACAUUUCGAGCUUGAGACCAUCACGGGCAAGCGCUACACCCAAGUCUCAGCAACCGAUUCUGAUCUGGAGAUUAGUCGCGCGACGUCUCCGCUUACUGCCGAGCUGGCACCUGUCGGCGAGGAGCAAGAGGAGGACAAUGACGACGACAUUCUCUUCGACGUGCAUGGCAACAAUGGUGACAGUGACGCGCUCCUCAACCGCGGUCGCCGACGAGGCGUGCCUGCAAAGUCGACACCAGCGUUCCGACGAGGAAUCGUACGUCGCGGCCCUUCCAACAACAACAACAACAACCUGUCCAAGGCCUCGGAUUCGAAAGGGAAGCGCAGGCUGGUUGUUGACAAUGAUGGCGGGGCCUUCAGUGGACUGUCCGAGCGUGAUUUUACUACCGAACGCGAAGAAGGCAGUAGUAGUGCUUUGCCAUUCGAAUUUGAGAAUGAUCUGACCACGGCGCGGUCAUGAUCAGCAUCACGAGAAUGGUUUUCUUAUCUUGCUUUCUCUCGUUCGAUCGCUUUUAUUGUCCUCUGAGGGAAUUUUUUGAACACAAAAUCCUGUGGGUUUCCUUCUGCAUGCUAACUUAUUUUUUGUACCAAGCAAUAAAUCACACUGCUGAUUCA